AUGGCCCUCCCGGAAGACAUUGAUCUUCUGGAAGAUGAUGUCCAGGAGGCCAGUGUGGAGAAGCUUUCUCAUGAGGCGGUGCCUUUUCCUGUCAGGGAAUCUGUUGAAGAGGCAUCCUCUUCGCGCGACUGUGCGCAUCGUGCAAAGAAGGCCAGAGCAAGCGUCACCCUGGGAGCCUGCUUUCGGGAUGUUGUCAAUUUCAACCUUGUGGAAACUGACGCUGCGCUUGAAGAAGUCAAAUGGACCAGAGCUUUAGAAAUGUGGCUAUUCGUGAUCAUGGAGGACUCCAGCUGUUCUGCGAUAGGAUCACGGAUUAGCCGCAAAAACGGAGCUGAUGCCAUGAAGUGCCUUCGUGAACUCUUCGGGAAGAAAGCAUCCAGUACCGUCGCAAAGCGUGGGAGUGCAAUGCAGAAGUUCGUUGUGUGGGUACACAAAGCUUGCCCAGGCGAGUGUGCCCUGCCUAUCACUUCAAAGCGUGUCGAUGAUUACAUCGAGCAACUACAGGAAGCUAAGGUCCGACCUGGAUCUUUCACAAGCUUUACUGAAGCUGUCAAUUUCUCAGUGCAUGUCGUUGGCUUGCCUUUCGAUUGUGACGGAUCUCUGAGGAACCCUUUCUCAGGAAAGCAGUUGUUCAGUCCUUGGGCUCGUGGGGCUGUUGCGCUGGAGAUACAGAAGAAAGCAGAGAGGAGGCAGAGCGCUGUCCUAACCACUGACAGCGUUCUUUACCUUGAGGCUUUCUUGAGCGACGAGGAUGAAGAUUUAGUCGACCGUUACGCUGCAGGAUGCAUGCUCUUCGGUUUGUUCAGCCGUAGUCGCAUUAGUGAUCUCAGAAAGGUCAAGGAUUGGAUUUUGGAUUUUGAUUGUUUGCAAAGCCACGGGCAAGGUUUCCUUGAGUGCAGCACUCGCAGUCACAAGACUGAGAAGGACGUCGCGGCCAUUGGUCUUGCCAUGCCCCUUGUUGCACCGGCUGUCGGCUUAGGUAAGGUGAGCUGGGCUGUUACAUUCAGCAAGGUUGCUUCUGCAGUAGGUUUGGGGUUCGUAGGUCGGCCUGAGGGGCCUUUGCUGCCCGCUCCGGACGUUACCGGAGGAUGGUUGUCCAGGUCGGUGACCACCUCCGAAGCUGGGGCUUGGCUCUGCAAGAUUCUUGAUAAGGGAGGGCAGCCAUCCCAAGGGAUCACAGGUCACAGCUUGAAAAGCACUACACUGACCUGGGCCUGUAAGUUUGGUUUCGAUAAGUAUUCCCGGUUACAACUUGGACACCAUGCCACUGGCGAAGGAACAUUGCACACCUAUGGCCGAGAUUACUUGGCGCCUGCCCUCAGGCGCUAUGAUGAAAUGUUGGCUGCAAUCAGAAACGGAACAUUCUUCCCGGACCUUACGCGCUCGGGUCGCGUGCGAGGCACUGCACAGGUUCCGAAGGUGGAGGUCUCUGAUGAUGAAGUGCCUGAUCCCGGGUUGACCAGCUUCGCUUCAGAAGGUUCUUUUGAGGCCAUUGGUGUAGCAUCCGCCGGAGAGAAGAGUGAUGAAGAUCAGGUUGCAGCACCCACUGACCAUGAGCUGUCCUCUUCGGACAGCAGUAGCUCGCAGGACGAAGUCGUUGCAGGCAGGGACCACCCCGACUUGGACAACGACGAGAUGGACACAGGUCGUUCAUCUUUGCGCACAAGGCAGUUCGACCGGAGUUUUUGCGUGUGGGCGGAAGGUGACGUCCGAUUUCAAGGAGGAGCAUUGGCCGAGGCCGUUAACGCUAUGAUGCAGCGAAAGUCGGAUCGUGCGGCCGAGGUCGGAUUGUCUGCCGACGACAUCGCGGCCCUCACUGGAUCCGGCAUCCACAGUCUAGCCCGUCUAGCUUUUGCGGCAGUGCCGCCAGGGGCUACGCCUUCCAAUGAUCAGGUCCGCGAGCUUUUUGGUACUCGAGUAAUCAACGCUGGUGUCGUCGCUGCCACAAAGCGACUGAUCUUUGAGGCUCACACGAUGGUUGUUGCAGAUCUUAAGCAGAAAGUUGAAAAAGGGGAUGAUCCAACAUCCCAGCGACUGAAUCCUGCUGAGCGCGAAGCUCGCAUCACAAGGCAGCGGGCCCGGCUCACAGGGUUAACGCACCGUGGAGUGGAAGAGGUCGCAUUCGAGGCGUACAAUUUGGUGUACGGCAUGUUGCAACAAGACACGCUUGUGUACCAGCAUCCAAACAAAUUCACCACGCGUCAGCAUGAACUUCAGCUUAAGAAGGCGGUGAAGGAGGUUUCGUUGGAUGGGAGUGGCUCCUUGACAGUGCGAGACAAGCCGCAGCAGGCCACAUGUGAUACCCACGGAGAGCUGGAGCUGGUUCAAGCGCUCCGCCGAAGGGCGCUCGCAUUCGACCUCGUAGGCUGCUGCUCUUACGAUGCUAUGAACAUGUAUCAUAGCCUGCUCAUCCAGCGAGUCCAGGACGCGCCGCCGCCUAACUACGCAAAGGUUAGUGUGGUUCAGGCACUCCGCGCAGACAGAGCGGCUUUCACGAGGAUCGCUGAGAAGGUGCGUAGCCUGAAGACAGGCGCGGAUGGGGUCCGUCCAUUGGACCGUGCCUUCGAGAACAUUCUCGAUGACACACAUGUCAGCUUUCAUCUUCUGCCGCUUGCCAUUCCCGAAAAACCUAAGCACCCGCCGCCUCCGCUCAAAAGGAAGGUCGAGGAUCAGCAGGCCGAUGACAAAGGGAAUAAGCCAGGUAAGAAGGGCAAAGGCACAGGGAAAGGUAAGAAAGGUGGUGCUAGGCUGCGUGUGCCGAAGGAGUUGAUUGGAAAGUGGAGCCAGAACAAAGAUGGUGAACGCUUGUGCUGGGCAUUUAAUAUGCAGUGCGGCUGUGGAGACGCCGCCCCGGGGAGCAUCACAAGAAAAGCGGCGCUUGAGGGCCUGGGGCCCCUGAGCUUCGGACUGGGAAGGAGCGAGUGUCCUUCCUUGGACGUGUUUGCUCAGGGGCCGGGAGGUUCACUGCGGCUCUUCGUGCAUGUGGAAUGUGAGGCAGACCUGCCCUGGGACACACCUCACGGAUACAUUUUCCGAAUGCAGGUACAAGCGAAUGAUCGUAUUUCUCAUAACACGGCCGUCACGCUCGACAUCCAGCUUAGUUGCAAGGACAUUGUGGAUCAAGCGAAGUGGCUUGUUGCUCAAAGACUCUUCGAGCUGUUUGGUCGUUUUCCGAAGUUGAGUUCUUUUCACCUGGUUCAGGACGGAGUCUGCAGUAUGUGCUCUGCGGUCUUGCUUCCGUCGCAGAGAGUUCCAAGUGACCGCAGUGGCCCAUCUGACAUCAAGCCGCACAAGGCGAAUCCGAGGCGCAUGUUAGAGCGUGCGAAAGGAGGAUACUCAUUCUUGAACAUCGCGCAGAAGCAGUCGCAUCCCAGCGGAGAUGUGUUUGUCAGGGUUUUUGAGCGGGAUGAAGACAUGUCGUCCUGGAGUUCGGCGUUCGCGCCGGUCAGUAAACCAGCAGAUUCUCCGAAGAGCAAGCGCAAGAAGCAUAAGAAGCGGAAGAAGGUGAAGAAGAGACACUCCACGACACAGGAGCGCAGGCGAUGUGACAAAGAAGAGACCAAGAAGCGAAAGAAGAAAGAGAGGAAGUCGGCAUCAGUCCCGGAAGAUGCCGACAAUCGGGCAGAGCAGUUGCCCUCCUCCAGCUACACCGCCCGAGACCCUCAGGAGCAGGAGGGUUCAGCCCACGAAGGGCUUCCCGCCAACUUGGGCAGGUGGGUCUUCCAUGCCUCUUGGGAACCGACAGAAGAAGGAGACCAGCCGGAAGCGCCUCCCAAACGCAGUCCGGGGAGAGCAGCUGCGAAGAUGCUGGUUCGCGCCGGCCUUCGCUGUAAAUGUCAUUUCGCUCUCGACUGCCAAUGCAGUGACGUGCAGGGCUGGGAGAGUUUCCUGCGUGAGCAAGACGCACCCUCGCAGAAGCCUAUGAUGUUUAUGCUACUCGAGCCGGCUCAAGAGCUUUCAGUUUUCACCUUCGUUUCACCCUCCGUCUCACAAUGGUGUCGCAGAGACGACUCCGACUCCUCUGACAGUGAGGAGAUGAUUCCGACGAUCUACGGGCUCAUGCCCAUGAGGCGAAAAGCUAAGAAGAACCGCAAGCACAAGAAGAGCAAAGAGUCCAAAAGAGACCGACGCACCAAGAAGAAGGCGUCGAAGAAGCGCGCACCCAAGGCAAAGAAGAGCUCGUACAGCUCUGAAUCCUCCUCGUCCUCGUCUUCGCCGGAACGCCGCCGCCACAAGCGCAAGGAGCGUGCGGAAGCCGCUCCCUCGAGCCACAAGGGGGAGUCUUACCACACACCGUCCUUUACGAAGGACCAUUCCUUUGGAAGUGGCAAAUGGGGCGGACAGAGCUCCGGGUGGAAGCAGCCAGGCUGGCACUCGAACAAACAAUGGCAAGCCAAGUCUUGGCAGCCCAGAGGCUCCGGCAAGCCCUGGAACACUUGGACGGCGCAUGAGAAGGGUUACCAGUGGAAGCUCCCCGAACAGGAAGAAGAAGCCGAAGAUAGGGAGGAAGCUUCCAUGCAGGAAGCACUCAUGAAGAGUGCAAUGGAGGAGGCGUGGUCCGACCGCACUCGGACUUUGUCCUACAGUGAACUCCCGGCGGAUCAGCGCGGCCCCCCCUACAAAGAAGUCAUGGAGAAUGUGGAAGCUGAUGACAUCGAGCGCAUGGCCGCGCGGAUCAAGGAGCACUCCCGCCUCCCGGAGGCAAUGAUCAACUAUGUGUCCCGGUUCCUGGCCUCCCUCCCCGACGGGACGCUGCCGCAAGAGUUGAAAUGGGCGCAGCAUUCAGGAUCGCAUUUCUCCGCCUCGAUCCUCGAACUGGAGCUUAAACCCGACAUCGCCGCGCCGGAGCAGCUCCAGAUCCCGGACCCCGUCCACUCGCAGAGUCUGACGGCCGCUCACGGCACGAAGUGGUCCUCGGCUCACGGCAUUUUGAGCCAAAAGAUCAUCCGCCCUCAAGCAGCUCAGACCGACCAGUACCCGCCAUACGGGUUCUUCGCCCGUGGCAGCUGCGAGCAGUACUCCUCGCACACGGCAAUGAAGGCCCUGGAAGGGGUUGCGAGGAAAGCAAAGGCCUCGGGAAGUGGCAUCGCAAUUUUGGUGUCCGCAAGGGCACACGCGGUCCAACUCUUGGAAGGAGGCGUGGGCAAGCUUCAUGCAGCUUGCAGAAGAGACUGGGCGGCGCGAUCCUCAUCGGACCAAAGUCUGUGCAUCAGGUCGGAGGGCGCGACCAUAAAGGCCGUGGCGUUCAUGUGGCCGCGGCUGCUCGAUUUGGAGCGGCUAGCAGAGUUGGAAGAUCCAGGUGAGUUGGAUCAGUGGCCAGAGCAGGAACGGCCCGAAGCAACAUUAGCGCUCACGCCAGCUGAGUCAGAGCUUUUCUCUGCAUCGGCCAGUGCCCGGCCCCAAAACCAGCAAAGUUCGCCGAGCGGCGUGCUUCAAGGGCGCGAGUACGAGCAGGCCCUGCAAGGCUGCUUGUUGAGGGCUGCUAAACGGCCAAGAAUAGUCAUGCCUUGGGAGACCCCCUUGAUGCGGGACAUUUUUGGAACCACUGAGCCCCCGGUCGUGGUGCCGCAAGCUCAGUUACAAACCACAGCCCCGCCUUCCGAGCCGGACCGAGACCCGGGCGAAGCCAUUGGCAAGAUACUUAUGCCACCCAGAGCGGGGGCGUCAUCCGCUUUGUCGGCAGUCAAGAACCGCCCCAACGUGAAUUUCCCCAAGAGUGAACAAGCUUCAAGACUGAAGGGAAUCUCUCUGUGGUGCGACGUCAUAGGGGUCGCUCCACAACACUUCGGCAUCACCAGGCACGUCCAGCUAUCGGACGAAGACAACGGCGGCCAAGUCGCCACCGAGCUUUUCACGUGUGUCGAUGCAGUGAUGGGGGUCAAAGCCCCAUCCACCAUCAACUCUAGAGGGAUGGUUGUGAAAAGGUACCUUUAUUGGUGCACGCAGAACGACAGGUUAGCAUGGCCGAUGAAGGAAGCAGUGUCGUUCGAUUAUGUCCACCACCUCAAGGCACUUGGUGCUCCAACCGCUCCGGCCUCUUUUCUGCAGGCGGUAAACUUCAUGAUCUACACGAUUGAACCCGAGGGAGCAACGGCCAUCAUUUCCAGCUUCCUGAUUCAGGGAGUGGCUAAGCAAGCCUCGAGCAAGAAGAGACCAUUGAAGCAGGCGCCGGCGCUUACCGUCGCCAUGGUACUGCGCUUGCACGCCAUCCUCAGGAACACAUCUGAAGGAGUUUUUGACCGGCUAGCUGCAGGACUCAUGCUCAUGUGCGUGUAUGGACGCUGCAGAUGCUCCGACCUCAGACACAUUGAGGAGAUAUGUCUGGACAUUACAGGGAGGCACGGCUUUAUCGAAGUCCGGACGGAACAUCACAAGACAGCCAACAGAGAAAAGAGAAGGCUCCUGCCCAUCGUAGCUCCAGCCUUUGGAGUCACAGACGAGAACUGGGCCGAGCAGUUCCUAACCUUACGGAAGCAAGUCCUCGGCGAAUUUGCGCCCGGGCCAUUCCUACCCGCUCCUCUUUCUGACGACUCCUUCUCUGAGCGCAGCCUCGAGAGUGACGAAUUCACGUCGUUGCUGCGCUACCUACUAAGGCAGCUGGAUAACGUAGAAGAUCUCACGUCUCACAGUUGUAAGGAGACGGUGCUGGCAUGGAUGGCCCGCUUCGGGGCCGACAAACCCACCUUGGAAUUCCUAGGUCGGCACGUGGGGAGCAUUACGUCGAGCGACGUGUAUGCCAGGGGGAUGCAAUCCCGGCCUCUGCGAAAGCUCGCGAUGGCUCUAAACGCCAUACGGGCGGGUACAUUCCUGCCCGAUGAGACAAGAAGCGGUCUCUUCAGGUCCCGCCAGGACAGCCGGCCCAUCGAGACGGGCAUUAACUCCCGUGGGGAACCAUCAGAAACGACGUCUGCCUGGAAGGUAGUCUCGAACGAAGAAGAAAGGAGUCCUGCCUCUCCUGAUCGAGACCAGGAAACAGCAUCAUUGCCGUCGGCAGCACCAGCCCCGGUGUCGGAGGAGGAAGCCAACAGCGGUGCUGAGGUUCCAAAACCUCAAAUCAUGACCUCACUCCUGGACAGCGAAGCUCAGUUCCUGCAGCGCGCUGCUGAGCUUGGCAUACCGGAUGCGGCGGCACAGGCGUUCAAGAGGCACGGUUUGGCGACACUCAAUCGCUAUGGUUUUGCCCACGGUCAGCCGGGGCAGCCGAUCGACGAGACCCUAUUCAACACCUUUUUCGAAGGCAUCGCCGGGGUAGGGCAAUCGCUGAGAACAUUGUCAGCAGCCAGGAACCUUCUGUUUGAGGCCCACGUGUUUAUCAGCGCCAGCCUCAAGAACAGGGUUGAAGCGACGGCCGACACAGCAAAGCCGGUCCCGAGAGCGGAACGCAGCGCGAGGCUCGACAGCCUUCGUGCAAAGUACCCAGGUCUCGAAAUUUCCAAAGGUCUGGAGCCAGGGCACGCCAUGCUGGAUUCGGCCUCGCAUCAAGCUGAGUCCAAAAUACUCAAGUACAUGCCGCCCUCCAGGUGUGCAUCCAGAGAACAGGAAAUGAUGAGCAAUAAGUCAUCGGCCAAGCUCUUGGAAAUUGAGGGCUCACAGGUCAAGGUCAAGGAGAACGACAAAGGACUGUUCAUCGAGAACAAUACCGAGUUCCUGGUCUACCAGGCACUACGCAGGCGCGGCUUGGCAUAUGAGUUCGCGGAUCUCGUCACAUUCACCGUCCACCAGAAAUGGGUGGAUUGGCUGUUCGGAGAACUAUCCAAAGAGCAACCGGCCCGGUUCCAAAAAGUUCAGAUGUUCCAGAUCCUGCGAGCAGACAAGGCAGCCUGGCUUCACAUGGCUGACGUGGUAAAGGAUAUCAGACCGUCAGACGGCACUAGACCUAUCGACGCCGAGUUCGCCAGGUUGCCCACGGUACACUCGGUCGUGUUCGCACUCCUGCCCUUGCAGCAGUUCAGCCCAAAGGGAGGUGACCAGAAGGGCGACCGGGCCGGCAAGGGCAAGAAUGGCAAAGGUUGGAAGGGCAACAGGCCGUCUCCGUAUGACAUGCCGCAUCAAGACACGUGGUUUAGUCGCAAGGGAGGCAAGGACCGGAACUCCAAGGGCAAAAGCAAAGGGCCCAUCUGCUUUGGGCACAACUUACCCGGGGGAUGCCCCGCGGGGAAGAACAACGAGUCCGAAUGCGACCGAGGGAAAGUUUUCCAGUCAUGCUUCGCCCUCGAGCUUUUCGCGGGCACCGCGGGCAUCACGGCCGCCAUGAAGAGUGUCGGCCUGUUGGACCCUUCACUUGAGGCCUCUCAACACCUUGUUUUCCAGAUUUUAAGUUCAGAUCAGCUAGUUUUUGUGUGGAUGGCGCCACCUUGUGGAACGUGUUCGCGGGCCAGGGAGAUCGCCAUGAGCACCUCUCGCUACGGACCAAGACCUCUCCGUUCGGAUGAUUUCCCAGACGGACUGCCGCAUCUACUUGAUCACGAAGCAGAACGUGUGAAGAAAGCAAACGAGCUGUACAAACUUGUGACUCAAGUGUGCAUUAGAUGCACGGACAAGCAACUCCCCUGGACGGUGGAGAACCCCUUCUCCUCCUUGUUCUGGCGAACCUCUUUCUGGACCGAGGCGCAAUCUCGGUGCAAUCCGAGAUAUGUGCAAUUUCAUUCGUGCAUGUAUGGAAGCGAUCGCAAGAAGAACACCGCUCUGGCCUUUUUCGGCAAAGUGCCUCUGGACAGACUCCAUGCUGAAUGUGACAACAGCCACGCUCACAAAUCAUGGGGAUGGUCCCAUGAGGACCAGACCUUCUCCACUUCUUUGGAGUCGGCGUACCCGGCCAAACUGUGCAAGCAAGUGGCUCAUGCUGUCAAGGAUGCCUGCGAGGCAGACAAUUUUGUCAUGGUACCUCUAGACAUGUUGCGGGCAUCGCAACUGCCGCUUGCGGCAGAGAAAGUCUCAAGAGCAAUGGCAUCCGAGGGUACCACGAAGUCCAAUCUACCCAACUUCGUUCCAGAAUACCGGGUGAUUCUCAAGGCAUUCAUUCCGAGAUCUUCCUGUACGUGGCGCAUCAAGGAUUUCAUCGAGCACCCUUUGAUCACCCCGCAGGUCACCAUUCCCGAAGGCUCCCGUCUGCUGGAAAUCUCUCCCAGAACAGAAGGGGAGAACUCCACGAUUCCAGCAGAAGCGGACACAAUCUGCACAUUUGGAGUGCCUUGGAGCCCCGGCGAGUUCCUGAAGGAAGCGGCGGGAAGAGGACACCCAGCCGACGCGAUCUCGACAGUGCCUGAACCACUGAAAAGAUCCAUUUGGGAACUUGCGGCUGACGAUCCAUCGGCGGUCGCGGAAAGGCGAGCGUCCUUCUUCCGCAAAUGGAUGUCGGUUGCUUCGGAGCUCUACGAAGAGGAAAAGGCCUUGAAGGACUCGAUGGACGAGGGAGUAAGGUCGGUAGUAAAGGACAAGAAGAUCCUGCUCUUCAAGGAGAUGGUGAACGCAUACGAGCUGAACGAUGCUGAAGCACACAAACUCUUGGAAGAAGGUGUUGACCUUACGGGCGAAAUUCCGAUGUCGAACGACCUGCCCAAGAGGUACACCCCGGCCACGAUCCAUGAGAGCGAGCUCGAAGCUCUUGCUCCGGUCCUCAAGGAUGCAGCGCUCUCAAGGGCUCUUGGAGCCGCGGAGGGCCUAUCCAAGGAAGUGUGGGAGAAGACCAUAACGGAAGUUUCGAGGGGAUGGCUCAAGGGACCCAUGGAGCCUGAUGAUGCCGAUGCGCCCUCGGUCGUGUCUAAUCGCUUUGGGGUUAAGCAGAGGGACAAGGUACGGUGCGUCGACGAUAUGUCGGCUAGUUUGAUAAACGCUACCACCUUCGCGGAGGAAAGGAUAUCUCUUCAUUCCGUAGAUGUCAUGGCUUCCGCUGUGGUUGAGUGGUGCGACGCCAGAGACGCCGCGCAGAGGCCUCGCGACUUGACCGCUAAGAGCUUCGAUCUUAAGUGGGCCUUCAAGCAGAUGGCAGUGUCGGCGAGCUCCAGAGACAGGGCGGGACUAGUCAUCAAGGACCCGUCUGGCUGCCCCAAGGUCUUUACAUCGCUGGCCCUGCCCUUCGGGGCCACUCAGAGUGUAUACGCCUUCAACAGGAUGAGCAGGGCACUGUGGACCCUAGGAGUCGUGGCCCUCAGUCUCAUGUGGUCCCUCUUCGAUAUCCUUGGAUGGGUGUAUGACACCUCUGGCGAGAAAAACACGGGGAAGAAUAUCGAGAUCCGAGGCCAGGCACAUGGCGGGGCGAAUGAGUUUCGCCG